UCGCUUGAUUCCAACGCGUAUGGAUCGAUCGCCUAGUCCUUUUUUAAGCCGGCCGGUCUCCUUGUUCGGUAGCGCUGCCGACGGCUCUCAAAUCCAAUCCAGCCACGAAAUGCUCGCCAAAAGCUCAGGCAGUCCCCUGAGCCCUAUCCGCAUCAAGCAAGAGGGCACGUUCUACGCCAGGCUCCUCUCCAAGGAAAACUCCUUGUCCGCCACCCCUUCCUUCAGGGUCUACCAUGGAGUCGCAGCAGCCUCGGUGCCCUUCGUGUGGGAGUCGCAGCCGGGAACGCCCAAAGCCACCUUUGCCGCCUCACAGCUCCCGCCCCUCACCCCGCCACCCACCUACUACCACCACCCCAGGAAGACUAUGGCCGCCAAGAAGCAACGAAAGUCAUCCGGGUCAUUCAGCUACCUGGCCACCUUAUUCCGAAGGCUCACUCUAAGGAAGCCAUGCAUGCCGCAUCCGCCGAUGCCCAAGUCGCCAGUGUCAUCGUUACCAUCGUCCCCCUUCUCUCGAUUGGGAUCCUCGGAUUCUCGGCAGAAGCAUUCCUUCUUUUCCAGAGUACCGGAUGAUGAAGAAGCGGCUGGUGGCUCCAUCCUGUGCUUCCGACUCCAACGGAUUCCCCGCCUUAGUCUGUUCCGUCGACGCCGUGAUCGUCAGAAGAAAUCGGUCCUCGAGAGAUUUGGUUGAGGUGUCACCACUGUUCGUGCAUGUCGUCCCAGUUUAAAACUGCACAGUAUCUAUCAGCUGCCUCAUCCCACUACUAUAAUAAGCUAUGCGGCGACUGGUCACAUGUAGGUUGCUGUCAUCCUUUUUCUCAUCUGCCUGUAUCUAAGUAUGUUUAGGGUCAGUCCGAGAGAUGUUUCAUGCAGCAGCUGCCUCGUUUCAUCUGUUCUGUUGGGGUGUCGUGCAUGUCGUCGGCCGUCUCUACAAAAAUGACUUGUUCGAGUGGUGGCUUAAAAGUUUGGUCCAAGUAGCAGAAUCUUCUACAUAGGUCGGGGAGUUUGAUGCUCGUCGCGUUCUGGAAUUCGGCCAUCGUGGAGCUGUUAUUUAUGACAAUUGUAAUU